AUGAGGGAGAAGAAUUGCCGCCGGUCACUGCGCCAAUUGAACCCUGCUGUCGACGAAGAGCUUGCAGAUGUCGCCAUUGAACCCGUUGUUGCCGCCGCUGAUGCGUUGGAAGCAACACAAAAUAUGCUGCCAGUUCCGCUGGAGUUGAUCAAUGAGACUCCGCCAAUAUUGUCGCUCACUAAUCCACUCUUGCUCAUCCACCAAGUCUGCUCGAUGGCCACUCCCGAGAUCAAGCCCUCGACACAAACCACCAGCUUUCUACCGAAAAUCAAGCGUUGA